AUGGCUGAAAAUCACUGUGCCCAACUCAGUAAGGUUCUACCGCAACAAGGAAGCCUUUUCGUUCCGUAUGUCCUCAACUGUGUAAUUAUGCUCGUCCUGAGCUUAACGGCGAUCGUCGGAAAUGUUUUGAUUCUGGUAUCCAUUUGUCGCGCGCCGCAAUUUCUGCGUCAGCCGUCGUAUUUUCUCUUGGUCAACCUCGCCUUCGCCGAUUUCUGCGUCGGGCUUAUCGCAGAGCCAGCCUACUUGGUGUACAAGCUUUCCUAUCUGGUAGAUCCCUUUUCUUUGUUGUCAUGCUACGCUGGAAUCAUAUUCAACUUUCUUUCUUACUUUUUAACAUCUCUGUCGCUUUGGACAGCGGCCACCAUUUCGCUGGAUCGACUAUUGGUGCUUCAUUUGCACAUGAAAUAUAGCGCGAUAGUGACAAAGUGCAGAGUUUGUAUUCUUAUUGCUGUUUUAUGGCUACUUGGCAUAAUCUUUGGUUCUAUGUUUGACUGGGCUGUGGACGCACAAAACACUGUGUUUGUGUGCGCAAAUACAAUGGCGCUCUUAAUUGCAUUGCUGUCUUAUGUGCGGAUUUUCCAAAUCGUGCGCUAUCAUCGAAAGCAAAUCUCCAUUCAAUUGUCUGAGGUGUCUUUCUGGCAGAGAGAUGAAGACAAUUCUGUGUAUACCUCGUUUUGUAGAAAAGACAGCACCUCGAAACAGUGGGAAGAUGCUAUGUCUGAAGAAAUGGACGGAAAUGAGUCGGUUAACUCAAAGACAUGCGAUAUACAUAUAGCACCAGUUAAAACCCAAGCCAAUGCGGAAAGGGCGGACUGUGAGAAAAGGUCUUGUUCCACAGAGAAGGCAUCAGUGCCACAUCUGGUGGAAAACCAGUCCUUGUGUGCUGGGAAGGAGGCAGUGACAGGCAGUGAAGCAAGGCAGAUUGGUGUAACGAAACCGGAAAACCACGAAAUCAAAACAUUGGGGGUGGCAAAGGCGAGUUUAAACUAUGAUCGUGUUUUAUCGUCAUCGAAAAGGGAAGUGAACGGGACAGAAGCGUUCGAAAGAGGACAAGAAUCCUCAAAUGGUCUGGCGAAUUCAAAUUUGAAGUUUUCAAAAAACAGAGGCAACGAGCAAAAUCAGGAUAACGUAGUUGGACUUAAGGAAGUGCACACUGAGUCGCUGGCAAGCAAGAAUUGGAUCAUGAAAAGCUGGCAACAGAAUCAGAAAUGUGCUUCAGUAGAUUGCACUAUUGAGGCCUUUAAAGAAGAUACGCAAAACGAGGACGGCUCAUCAGCUGGUAGGGACCAAGAAGGAGUUGAAGAGACAUAUAAAAGACCAUCCGAGGAAAAGGCAGGUUUGAAGGAGAAUCAGAAUCCGACAUGUUCUUUUGAAGAUAAUGCCGUGUGGAGUGAAAGACAAGAAACAGAUCAAGAACAGAGAAACUUAACAGAAGUGAUGCAUGAAAACUCUGUUAGCCAUCGGAAAGAUACGAAAAACACAUCAAAUCACAGUCAAAUAAUAACCUCUUUUAAUCGUCACGCUCAAAGUUCAAGUUCCGCAAACUACCCAACUACAAGAGACAAUCAAAUUGCCAUUAGAAGCAGUAAAAGAUUGAAAAUGCGGCAUUUUAAGAAGUCUGUUUUCAACAUGUUUGUCAUUUGGUUUCUUAUGCUUGUCUGCUACCUCCCUCUCAUAUGUACAUCUGCUUUAUUCACGCUGUUAGGACGAAGUUACUCGAUGCAUUUGGCCUUCAAUUUUACGACCUCCGUGAUGUUUCUCAACUCUAGUAUGAACCCAGUUGUGUUUUGCUGGAGGAUACGGGAAUUUCGCGCAGCUGUGCGAAAAACUCUGCGAGAGUUAUUUGGCUUUUGGGCCAAUCAGAUUAGU